CGGAGCCUGCGAUGAUGUCCAUAUAAGGCUAGCCCGAAAAUCUGAGAUGGGUUCUGUCGGGCCGGGAGGUACUGCUCUCGCGCAAUUGAGUCUCGCCGGAGGGAAUUGGCCUUUUGGGUCGAUAUUCUGGUAAAAACUCCCCGGUAUCGGCGCAGGCGUUGCCUGGGGAGACAAUUUCAUCAUCAGCGGUCCUGGAUCGUUCCCUCGUUCGCUCCUGACGUUCUGGAAAUGGAAGGCUCGGUUACCGGUUACCAAUACCGCGAUACAACGCAAACCGGGGGCCGGGUAUCGGUCAGUAUAGGUAUUUUAAAAAGGCCACGAGCACGGCGCCGGCUUUUUUUGCGCUCCCCCUCGUCGUCCAGCCCCUCACUCCACCCCGCGCUCUUCCUCCCCGCCCUUUCCUGUCAUCAUGCCCGGAGCGAUGACAGCCAGGGUCUCCCUCGCAGACACGCUGGGCGCUAUCUUGAUGGGGGUGAUUUUCUCUGCGCUGAUCUACGGUAUCAGCUCGCUGCACGGAUUCUUCUACCUGCACAAGUUCCACCACUACGACCCGUGGCUGCUAAAGGCUGCUGUUGGAAGCAUCUGGCUCCUGGAUACGCUUCACCUGGUGUUCGCGAUCUGGGCGAUCUUCUUCUACACCGUGUUCUGUUUCGGGAAGCCCGCGGCGUUGUUGGAAAUUCAUUGGGCCGCCAAGGUUGGUUCUCGAUAUUCAAGAGCGAAGGUUACGCUGAACUUGCGCUUUCAAGAUAGUCGUCGUCUUGAGCGUGGGUCAUCCAUGUUGCGCGCAACUGCCGAAACUGUUUCUGACUCGGCGUUCCAGGUUGUGAUCGUGCUUCUGGUCCAGGUCUUUUACGUUUACCGAGUGUGGCGUUUGAGUGGGCUGAAAAAACGAGGGGUGGUUUCAAUCGCGAUCGUCGCGGUGUUAUGUGGUGCUGCGUUCGGCUUGCUGCUGGCUGUAAAGACAGUACAAGCAUCGUCGUUUUUGGAGCUGUCGCGCCCGGAUUUGAGUGUCGCCACGCAGGCCUCGUUUGCCGUGGCCACAGCCGUCGACUUCGCCAUCGCCGGGACCAUGUGCUAUUACCUGUACUCUAGCAAGCGGGUGAUUCCUCGAAUUCGUGGCUCGCGGUUGCACGUUGCCAUCAACACCGUAAUUCACUAUACGAUAUGUUCAGGGCUACUCACCAGUGUUACUUCACUCGCUUGUUUAAUCACAUUUAUCACGCUCCCUCGAACUCUAAUAUUCUUUGCACUGUCGUUCAUCCUGACAAAAUGCUACGUCUUCUCGCUAUUCACACUGUUGAAUCUACGGCGCGGGAAAUCCCUCACGCCCGAUGCGACGAGGCAGGCCGGAGAGUCCUCCAAUUCAUAUUCUAUGGGAUACCGAAGGAACGGUACCACCCACCAUCUUGACACUAUGCACGACCGACCGGUAGUUGUUGGCGUCCAUGUCGAUGUUGAGCGCGGGAUCGAUCCUGUUCUGGAUAUAAAUGGGAAUCUGAAAGCCAGUACGGACUGGUAGUGUAUAUAGUAUAAAAUUUGGGACGCCUGAUACACGCGUUGCAUAUCGUGUCGACUUCAGUGGCGAUGCGCAAGUAGUAAGAAUCAGCACAUUCACAUAUAUCAAGCUCGCACAACCAGGCCGAUGCUUGAAUCGAAGGUGAAAAUGACUGGGAAUCUGGUCACAGCUUGUCUGUACAUAGGUCUUACGUCCAAUCCUUCAAUUGCUU